ACAGCCAUUUUCUCACUCGGAAUACUUCGGAUUACAAAAGUGCCGCGUAUUCGGACGCACAUUUCGGCUGUCAAAUUAUAUUAUAGACAAAUGAAACGAUGAUUUCUGGUGUAAUGAGAGCAAUACAUAAGGUUGCAGUUUGUGAGCGACUGAUAUCGCGCAGCCUUCACACAACACGGAGGAAGCAGCUUUACCAUGUUCCUAUGGUUAUAGAGAACACAGGCUCAGGAGAACGAGGCUUCGACAUCUACUCACGCCUCCUGAAUGAACGGAUUGUCCUCUUGAUGGGAGAAGUCAAUGACCACGUAGCCAGUACAGUGGUGGCCCAGCUCCUGUUUCUACAGUCGGAGAAUGCCAAGAAGCCAAUCAAUCUUUACAUCAUGUCACCUGGUGGCAGUGUUACAGCAGGCCUAGCAAUAUAUGACACCAUGCAGCUUGUGACCGCACCAAUGUGUACAUGGUGUGUGGGUCAGGCAGGAAGUAUGGGUUCACUCCUCCUGGCCGCAGGCACCCAAGGGCGGAGACAUGCCCUCCCUAAUUCACAAAUCAUGGUGCAUCAGCCUCUAGGUGGAGCUUCGGGUCAAGCCACAGAUGUGAAAAUCCGUGUGGAACAAUUACUUCGAGUGAAGGAACAGCUCAAUAAGAUCUACGUCAAACAUACCAACCAGUCAUACGAGGCAGUAGAGGCUGCAUUGGACAGGGACAAUUUCAUGACUCCAGAAGGAGCCAAGGAGUUUGGCAUCAUUGACCAUAUAGUUGGAAAAUCUGCAGUGCCAUCAGACAAGAAAUGAUAUGUGCUAUGAUUUUGCUGAUAUUAAGUUGUUUUUAAUAUUGAUUCUUGAUAUAUAUUGUUUAGAAGAUAAUGGA